AUGAGGAAAGUUAUCAUUGUGGAUAGAACACAUCUUAAGCAUGUUAAUGGUGGAGUUCUGCUUGUUGCGACGGCUCAAGAUCUUGACCGUCACCACUACCCUAUCACAUUUGGUGUAGUUGAUGGUGAGAAAGACAAAAGUUGGACGUGGUUUAUGAAUAAGUUGAGGUCAGUGAUAUCAGAUGAAGGCGAAUUGGUGUUUCUUUCGGAUAGAAAUGGAAGCUUGAUCAAGUCAAUACGUGAGAUGUUCCCAAUGGCUGCACAUGGAGACGCUUGCACAAGCAAGUUUACAGAGUGUGCACAUGCUUAUACAGUGGCUGAGUUUGAUGAUCUCUAUGAUGCCUUUUCCAGAAGGUAUCCUUCUGUUGCGGCGUAUCUGGAGAAAACUGUUGAAGUGAGAAAAUGGAAAAUGAAUGAAUGGUUUAACAAACAUAGGAAGAAGGCAGCUGAAAUACCAGUCACAAAGAAGCUUGUGCCAACAAUGGAAAAGGAGUUGUCAAAAAGAUGUUUGGAAGCGAGGUGUUUAGAUGUUGUUGAGAUAAACAACUUCCACCUUGAGUACAAUGUCUAUGGUAGUGACGGAAAGAUUUAUACGGUUGAUUUGGCAAUAGAAAUGUGCACCUGCAGGUGUUUUGAUAUAGACAAAACCCCAUUUGUUCAUGCUGCUGCUGCUGCCAAGUUCUUGAGCGUAGGAAGAGAUCUUCAUCUACAAGAGUUAAGAGUUUUGUUCGAAAUACUAUUUGGUGGAGUUGUGGGCAUUGGCAUACUGUAG